UGCGCACUUUGCGGCCGUUGGUAGCGGGACAGACAGUCAGUGCGUAGAGGCAGCAGCAGUACCAAGAGGGAUUUAUUUUUUUGGACGUUAUUUUCUGAGUUUCAUUUUUCCUGAUUUGGAGGGAUAAUUGGUGAUCUGGUUUGCACGCGCGGAUGCCACUCCCUGUCUGGUUAUACCAGGUAGCACGGUGCCUCCUCCGUCGCCGGUAACGGAGGGGGGGAUAACAAGGUAGCCAUUGCCAGUCGACUAGGGACAGCCAAGCCGCUGAGCCGGCAGGAACGGAGGGAAAUAUUACCAUUCAUAAAAACCGACGCCGCGGGGGAGGAGGAGGAGUCCGGGAACAAUGAGUGAACAGAGCAUUUGCCAAGCACGGGCUGCUGUAAUGGUUUAUGAUGAUGCCAACAAAAAAUGGAUACCGGCCGGAGGAUCAACAGGAUUUAGCAGAGUCCAUAUUUAUCAUCAUACGGGCAACAACACAUUCAGGGUAGUAGGCAGGAAAAUUCAAGACCACCAGGUGGUGAUAAACUGUGCCAUCCCUAAAGGCCUGAAAUAUAAUCAAGCUACUCAGACCUUUCACCAGUGGCGAGAUGCAAGACAAGUUUACGGCCUCAAUUUUGGGAGCAAGGAGGAUGCCAAUGUCUUUGCCAGCGCCAUGAUGCAUGCCUUAGAAGUGCUGAACUCACAGGAAUCUGGUCCAACGUUGUCUCGGCAGAAUUCUCAUAUACCUCUUCAAGUGCAAAAUGGUCCAACCCAGGAAGAACUUGAGAUUCAGAGAAGGCAGUUGCAAGAGCAGCAGCGCCAGAAGGAGCUGGAACGCGAGAGACUGGAACGUGAGCGGAUAGAACGUGAGCGGAUAGAACGUGAACGGAUGGAACGUGAGCUGAUUGAAAGAGAGAGACUAGAAAGAGAGAGACUUGAGAGAGAAAGACUUGAACAAGAGCGUUUAGAGCAAGAGCAACUUGAGCGAGAACAGAGGGAACAGCAAGAGCAACUUGAACUCGAGUUGCAGGAACAGCAAGAAAGGCUCGAGCAGGAGAGACAGGAGCGAGAACUCCAGGAACAGCUGGAAAAAGAACAGUUAGAAUGGGAGAGAGAGAGAAGAAUUUGCAAUGCUGAUUCGUCUUUCGACAACUCACUGUAUAACACUCAACAUCUUGAUUACUCCACCUGUCAACCUCAUACAGCAUCUCCCAUAUCUUAUGCUAAAGCCAUUUCUGCUCCUGGUUCAUCUAUAUGUACAGAUUCCAUUGCUGACUAUGUAAUAGUAACCACUACGUCCAUUAACUCUACACCACCAACACCACCACUGCGACACUCUGCUUCACGCUUUGCUACUUCUCUAGGUUCUGCUUUCCAUCCUGUUCUUCCCCAUUAUGCAACUGUUCCUCGGCCAAUAAAUAAAAUCUCCCGACCUCCUUCUCCAGUGAAUACCGCUCUUCCUCCCCCGCCACCUCCUCCUCCUCCCCCCCCAGUGAAGCCAAUAUCCUGGUCAGCUUCUAAUUUCGCUCCACUUCCUCCAUCUCCUCCAGUGAUGAUAAGUAGUCCUCCUGGAAAAGCUACUGGUCCUAGGGCAGUCCAUCUAGUUUCUGCAUCCAGCCAGUUGGCUCAGAUGGGUCAUAUAUCCACAGCAGCACCAAAUGGGCAUACAGAUUGUUCUGCUUACCAAGGUUCUUGUGCUUCAAUCCCACUUCCUGCACCGCCACCACCGCCACCUCCACUACCAUCCUUUCCCCCAUUCUCAUUGUCUUCAUCUCAAGCUGUCUCCUCUUCUCCAAGCACCUCUGUUGUCGUAGCACCUUCAUCCCAGUCUAGUGUUCUCCCUUCUCCCUCUGCAGCUUCCCCUGCUUCUGUUGAGAAUUCUUUAAACUCUGUGCUGGGAGACUCCUGUGCUUCUCAGCCAGACUUGACCACAACCUCUCAGCUGAUUGACCCUACGACCCAUCCGGGUGUAAUUCCAGGACCACCACCUCCUCCGCCACCACCCCCAUUACCACCAGGUUCAGCUGGUUUCCCAGCCCUUCCCAUCCCCCCUCCACUUCCUCCUUCAUGUCCUGCCCCACCGCCACCUCCUGGACCUCCACCUCCACCAGGACCUCCACCAAGUAGCCAGUCUGCUCCUCCAGCCCCACCACCACCUCCAGCUCCCCCUCUUCCAUUCUCUGCUGCUUCCCUUGGUUCAUCAUUAGAAGAAAAUCGCCCACUGUCGGGACUAGCUGCUGCACUUGCUGGAGCCAAACUUAGAAAAGUAUCUCGGGAGACGAAUUGUAGAAAAAACACCAGCAGUGGAACCUGAUCCAAAAGAAGAUAAAAUUGAGGAACCUGAAUCCAUAGCCACAAAAACUCCUUCAACUGGUACACCAGAACCAUCUAGGAAGCCUUGGGAGAGAACAAACACAAUAAAUGGCAGUAAAUCUCCGGUUAUUUCCAGACCAAAGUCUACACCAUCUGUGCAACCCAGUGCCAACGGUGUUCAGGCAGAGGGACUAGACUAUGACAGAUUGAAGCAGGAUAUCUUAGAGGAAAUGAGGAAAGAAUUGUCAAAACUUAAAGAGGAACUUAUUGAUGCUAUUAGGCAUGAACUAGGUAAAUCCAAUUCUGCAUAGAGACGACUGAGGUUCACCAGACAAAAUCAAUUGAGAUCAUAAAGAACUACAUUUUUUAAAAUGUUUAUAACCUCUGAUAUCCUACAACUGAAGAACUGAUGAGGAACUUUCAGAGACUUCAUUUUGGAUGUACGUGAAUUCUUUCCUGGUUUUCUGCUUUUUUAAUGAACUUUGAGACCGAUGGAUAAACCGUCUUAAAGUUACUGUUAUAAUUAUGCAGAAAUUACUUUCUCCUGUUAAAGGAGCUUGCAGUGCAUUUAAAAAAACAAAAUAAUGUCAAGAUGAAAUUGCACAUUUCAAUAUUCAUGAUGGUUAAACAAGACAGAAGAGCGGGGGAAUGACUUUUGCGAUCAAUUUUAUGACUGAUCAGCCAGUUAUACAGUUGUGAACUGCAAGUGUAACUCAGGUGUGUCUUCCUAUAUUUGCUAUGUCCAUGAAUAACUUAAAAAAACAAUUUAGGCUGUCACUGUAUAAUAUGGAAUUACAGUCAUCGGUUCCUAGGAGGUGUGUGAAAACUGAGAGGAGGAGCUACACAAGCGUUGCACAAAGCGUGUUAUUUUUUUAAUGCCUUUUGACCGGAUGCCUCUUGGGUUUGUAGAUUAAUUUAAAAGCAAGUAUCUGUUUUAAAAAAAUUGCCUUCCUAAAUUGUUCUAAUGCUUUUACCAAAUCAAUACAUCUACAUAAUGUAAAACGGUAAUCAUACAUCAAGGCUAUGUUUAUUUUUUUUAAUGGAAUUUAGUCUAUUUUUGCAUGGGGGAAAUUCUUGUAAAAUUGCUAACAUAGCCCAAUAAUCAGAUUAAGAAAGCAGUGCAUGUCACUCAUAAAACAAAAAGGAUUUAAUACCAAUUGUCCAGCUGCCAUGCAUAUCUGACCGUUUUCAUGGAUUAUCAUUCAUCUUUUCUGUAUCUCUAAAAUCUUGCACUGGUUUCUUUAUAUGUUGGAUAGAUGUUGAGAGAAAACGUUUUACUUCAGCUUAAAUUUAAGAAAAUAUUACACAAGGAUAAUAGUUACUUUUCAUCUUUCAUUUGCUUUUAUUUAUUUUCUUCCUGGGUCACUUUAAAGAAAACGUUGGUUGAUUUAUAGCAGCCUAAUAUUGAGGUAUGAAAGUUAUUCCUUUUUUUAUUGAGGACACUGAUGUUGCAUAUUACACCAAUACACUAUGUGCAUUAGAGACGUAAAGAGAAAAAUCUGCCACCACUCAAUUCACUUAUACUGUAGGGUUGUCAUUCAGGAGUGAUAAUCAUUAUUAGAAAAUAGUAAUUUAAUCAAAAACUUAGUGCAAUGAAACACAGAAGAAAUAGUUCUGUUGAACAGAAAUAAAAAAUAAAUGCUGUAUCAAGAUGGAACUUGUGGGGAACACUAGCUGUGAAAAUUGUAACAAUCAUUUGCUUAAGAAAAUUAAAUUCUCUGCACACAGCAGAAAACCUUAAUUGCAUAACCUGGUAAGUGCUGGUCACCAAAGCAAAAUGCAUAAAUAAGGCUUUGAGCAAGGACACUAAUCAUAAAUUCCAUUACCCUGUUUCUCACUCACUACAGAGAUCUGGACAUUGUACACCAACAGGGGAAAAUAAGAUACCAUAUACGCAAGCAGCCUUUUCCUAAAACUGUUGUGCAAGGUACGAAGUGAAGGCAUUGUUCCCAAAUGCAGGGAACUUGCAAAGUACUGGCUUACUUUAGAUCAAAUAAAAGCAUAGUCAUCUUUAGCACGCUAACUUCAGUUUCUAUAGACAUUUCCACAACUAGUACAUUCAGCCACGUAGAAAAAAAAAUUGUUUUGUUUUUUCUUCCUAAAAUGCUAAAGAUUAAUCCUAAGUGAUAUGACGUAGACAUGCAGUCCAAAGCAAGAACGGUGGUAUGGUCUGACUAUUGAAUGAAACUGGUUUAUGCACUAAACGUUUUGUGCCUUGGCCUAGAAUUAACAUGAUUUCAGUUUUAAAAUAAAUGUCUUCAUCUUGUUUUCAGAUCACUCAUUUAUUAUCUUGAAUUGUUUUUGUAUAUCCUUUUUUUUUUGCCUUCAAUCUCCGCAAUAUUGGAUGUAAAAAAAAAAAACAAUACAUACAUAACACUAAGAAAAAAUAUUUGCCAAGAGGUAAUUAGAGAUUUCAGUCAUUCAAAUUACGGAGACUAAAUUUAUUUUACUUCACGUCAAACUAAAGAAGUACUGAAAACCAUGUUUUAGUGGUCUUGUCUUUUUAUUUGUAUGGGGGUCUUAACCUGUAAACCGUUUAAGAAAUCCUUCCUACUACAAGGAAGCAAAUGCUUUCUCAACACUGUGAUCUGAGCUGUGACAAAUUGAUACCAUAUGUAGGUUGCUAAGAAAUCAAUCUCCUUGGAGCUGAAUGUAACAAAUCUUAGUGCUGGUGCUGAAAUCUCUACAAAUUCUCAUCAUGAUUUGGUUUCUGUCAUAAUUUUUUUUUGUCAUUUGAUGUAGACUUUGGAACGCUGAUGAAUGUUGGUAAUUCAUGCUUAUGAUUUUUCCUCUUACUUUUUCCAAGUCAUCUCCUGCUAUUUUUUACCAUUGUUUUGUUUUAAAUUUAAUACAUGCUAACUUUGUUUUUGUUUGAUCAAAUUAAAUAAAAUUGCAAUAUAUGUGUUGCCAUCAUGUGUCUGUUAAAUAUAUUCUAUUUGGUCUGCCCUUUGAGAAUCCAGGUGGAUUUAUUGUAUAUGAAUAUUAGUCAUGUUUAGUUCCCAUGGUAUCUUUUCAUGCAGGUUUACCUAAUGUUAUUAUUAUUUUUAUUUUUUUAAAGAAACAUUUACCAGAGUUGAUUAAGCACUAUGUAAAAGAUAAAAUGUAAUACCUAUAAAUGACGAAUGUAUGUAAAGACUUUUGUAGUUGUGUAUCUUAUGUAGAUGGCUUUCAGAAUAGAUAUGAAUCCCAGAUCCAAGAACACAUUAACAUGCCAUCAGAAUUUUUAUUUUUUCCAUGCAGCUUUUACAAUCUCAAUUAAAAUGUUAAGGUAUGUUUCAUGUAUACCUUUCUAUCUUAGGUUUUGCACACCCUAUAAAUAAAUAUUCAUCCUUUUUUAUAUACCA